CGCACGUCGUCCCGUGAACAUCGGCGUGUGAAAAAAUAUCAUUUUUAGUUGUAUAAUUACUAAUUAGUAAAAAAAAAUGUGUCAUUCAUUAAGAAGUGCGCAAAUCAUCUAAUAUUGUAUUUUGUUAUUAUUAUAGGAAAACACCGGCUGGCCAGUAUAAUACGCUCUAUAAAUUGUAUGUUCACUGUUGACGUCGUAGAUCAUAUAAUAUUAUAUUCGUCAUUUUGACAAACUAUAAUAUAGCUAAUUUUAUCUUAACCAUCAAAUAUGAGGCCGGGAAUCAAAUGGGUGCUUGUACUUGUUUUGGUGGCUGUCACAGCCGUUAGAAUCAUAACAAUUAUGGUCAAUCGUACAAAGGAAUUGGAAAGAAUUCACGAAGACGAACAACUUACGGAAAUUCCAUCAGCAGGUCUUUUAAUGCUUAAUUCGAGUAUGAUGGCACUUAAACCAUGGAAAUCUACACUUCGCUUAUCACCGUACGUUCGCCCGCAGCAAUACUCCAUUAAUCUGUACCCAAACAUUAAACAAGAAGGAAUAUUUAUUGGUUCAGUUAAUAUAACAAUUAUAUUGGAUACUGCUCAAAGUUACAUUAAACUACAUUCAAAAGGAUUGAGAAUCAAAGAAACGAAACUCAAUUCAAGUCCUGUAACAGCGUUUUCAUAUCCACAACAUGAAUUUUGGGUUGUGGUACCUAAUGAAGAACUAAGUGCUGGGGAAUACAAAUUACAAAUAUCAUUUGAAGGUAGUUUAUUGAGCAAAACAAUUGGAUUGUAUCGAAGCGUUUAUGAAAGUUCAACAAGCCAUAGAAAACAUUUUAUGGCCACUUCGCUCUUCGAACCAACUUAUGCGCGGUUAGCUUUUCCAUGUUUUGACGAGCCUCAACUAAAAUCAAAAUUUAAAAUUAGUUUGAUCCGACCAUCCGGCAAUAACUACAUAGCAUUAUCUAAUAUGAACCAAGAGUCUGAAGAGCUCAAUGUACCUUCCAAUGGAUUAACUACGGUACAUUUUGCUAACACUGUACCAAUGUCUACGUAUCUUGCUUGUUUCAUUGUAUGCGAUUUUCAAUCACUUGAACCUGUAAAAGCAGAUCAAGGAUUUCCGUUAACAGUUUAUGCCAGAAGUGGUCAAUUCGAAAAUAUGAAAUAUGCUCAACAUGUGGGUCUCAAGGCAAUUAAUUAUUACGUCAAUUAUUUUGGCAUUCAAUACCCAUUACCAAAAUUGGAUCUGAUAACAAUACCAGAUGAUUUUCUUUCUGGAGCAAUGGAAAAUUGGGGUCUUGUGACAUUUCAAGAAAGGAGAGUUUUGUGUAAUGAAAUUAAUAGUUCUAUUGAUGACCAAGAGACAAUCUCGUUUAUUGUUGCUCAUGAAUUGGCUCAUAUGUGGUUUGGAAAUCUCGUUACUAUGAAAUGGUGGAAUGACUUAUGGCUUAACGAAGGGUUUGCCACUUACAUGAAAUACAAAGCAUCGCAAGUUGUCCACCCUGAUUGGGAUGUUGACACAUCAUUUCUAAUUCAUAGUCUCCAUCCUGUACAAUAUCUAGAUAAUAAACUUAGUUCUCGUGCUAUAGUACAAGAUGUUUCUGAUCCCCAACAAAUAUCCGCAAUGUUUAAUCUCAUAUCUUACUCUAAAGGUUCUUCUGUAAUACGAAUGUUAGAAGGAAUGUUGGGUGAAGAGGUAUUCAGAAUUGGGGUAAGCGCAUAUUUAAAACGUUUUGCAUUCAACAAUGCUGAAACUGAUGAUUUAUGGGCAGAAUUAAAAACAGCAACUCAAAAUACUGUUGAUGUUAAAAAGCUUAUGGAUACAUGGACACGUCAAGCAGGGUUCCCAGUAGUAUCGGCUGUACGGAAUGGAACUAAACUUACUUUAAAGCAGCAAAGAUUUUUGUCCGAUCCAAAUACUAAUUUAUCAAAUCACUCAUCUCCAUAUAAUUACAAAUGGGAAAUACCAAUCACUUAUACCACUUCAAACAAUAAUACUGUACAUAAGUUUUGGUUAUCUCAAGACGAGGAUUCAAUUACGAUUGACGUACCUGUUGCUGAGUGGAUAAAACUAAAUCAUAGACAAGUUGGAUAUUACAUCAUAAACUAUACAGAAAGUGAUUGGGGUUUACUUAACAAUUUGUUGAAAAUAAAUGUCAAUGCAUUAAGUGCUGCUGACCGUUCAAAUCUUAUUCACGAUGCCUUCAGUUUGGCAUAUGCUAAUUACUUACCAUAUGGCAUUGCGUUAAACAUGACAAACUAUUUAUCUUUGGAACAUCAUUAUGUUCCUUGGGAUGUAGCUACUACAAACUUUAAGAGAUUAAGCGAACAUUUAUAUCAACGUCCUACACAUAAAAACCUUGAAAAAUACGUACAACAAUUAUUGGGGAGUAUAAAAGAAGAUAUUUGGAAUGAUUCAAGUUAUAGAAACUUAUUACAACGUAAGUAUCGAGCAGUUAUUUUCAAAUUAGGAUGUUCAUAUGGUUUACCAAGCUAUCAAAAAAAAGUAUACGAAUUAUUUAGAAGAUUUUUGAUUGAUAAAAUCAAACCACAUCCAGAUAUUAGAUCCACUGUUUAUUACUAUGGAAUGUCUCAGGGAAAUGCUAGUGAAUGGAAUAAUUUGUGGGACUUAUUCUUAAAUGAAAAAGAUCCUCAGGAAAAAAAUAACUUUAUGCAAGCAUUGACUGCCUCAAAAGAAACAUCAAUAUUAACUAGACUAUUGCAACAUGCAAAAAAUGAGAAUCAUGUUAGUUCCCGAGAUUAUUUAAAAAUCAUAUUACUUAUAAACCGUCAACCUUUUGGAACUCAAUUCGUAUGGAACUUUUUGAGGGAGAAUUGGCAGUACUUGAAUGAUCGAUUUUUCUUUUUUGAUAUGCAACUUAGAAAUCUCAUUCCUUCAGUUUGUUCUAGUUUCAAUACACAAGAACAUAUUAGAGAAAUGAACAUAUUUUUUGAUGAACAUCCAGGCGCUGUACCUAGAAAUAAAGGACGAAAGUCUGUACUUGAAGUUGUAUCUAACAAUAUUAAAUGGUUAGAAAAACACGAAGCUGUUAUCAGUAAUUGGUUGAAUAUGACGCCAGUAAUAAAAUGGGUAUUUGUACUUGUAUUGGCGACCGUCACAACCGUAACACUUCUAACAGUUCUUAACAAUCAUAUGAAGGAAUUGGAAUGGAUUCCAGAAAACGAAAAGCUUACAGAAAUUCCAUCAGCAAGUCUUUUAAUGCUUAAUUCGAGUAUAAUGGCACUUAAACCGUGGAGAUCUACACUUCGCUUAUCCCCAUACGUACGCCCGCAGCAAUAUUUCAUUCAUCUGUACCCAAAUCUCGAAGAAGGUUCAUUUACUGGUUCAGUCAAUAUAACAAUAAUAUUAGAUACCCCUCAAAGUUACAUUAAACUACAUUCAAAAGGAUUGGAUAUCAAAAAAACUAAACUCAAUUCCAGUUCUGUACCAGCGUUUCCAUACCCACAACAUGCAUUUUGGGUUGUGGUACCUAAUGAAGAACUAAGUGCUGGGGAAUACAAAUUACAAAUAUCAUUUGAAGGUAGUUUAUUGAGCAAAACAAUUGGACUGUAUCGUAGCGUUAAUGAAAGUUCAACAAGCCAUGGAAAACAUUUUAUGGCCACUUCAUUUUUUGAACCAACUUAUGCGCGAUUUGCGUUUCCAUGUUUUGAUGAGCCUCAACUGAAAUCAAAAUUUAAAAUUAGUUUAACUCGACCAUCUGGUGAUAACUUUAUAGCAUUAUCCAAUAUGAACCAAGAGUCUGAAGAGCUCAAUGUACCUUCCAAUGGAUUAACUACGGUACAUUUUGGUAACACUGUACCAAUGUCUACGUAUCUGGCUUGUUUCAUUGUAUGCGAUUUUCAAUCACUUGAACCUGUGAAAACAGAUCAAGGAUUUCCGUUAACAGUUUAUGCCAGAAGUGGUCAAUCUGAAAAUAUGAAAUAUGCUCAACAUGUAGGUAUCAAGGCAAUUAAUUAUUUCGUAAACUAUUUCGGCAUUCAAUACCCAUUACCAAAAUUAGAUCUGAUAUCGAUCAAAGAUUUUCGUUCUUUAGCAAUGGAAAAUUGGGGUCUUGUGACAUUUCAAGAGACGAAAGUUUUGUUUAAUGAAAGUAAUAAUUCUAUUGAUGACCAAGAGACAAUCGCUUUUACUGUUGCUCAUGAACUAGCUCAUAUGUGGUUUGGAAAUCUUGUUACUAUGAAAUGGUGGAACGACAUAUGGCUUAACGAAGGGUUUGCCUCUUACAUGGAAUAUAAAGCUUCACAUGUGGUUCACCCUGAUUGGGAUGUAGACACAUCAUUCAUAAUUAAUUCUCUACAAUCGGUACUAUAUGUAGAUAGUAAACUUAGCUCUCAUGCUAUAGUGAAAGAUGUUUCUGAUCCCCAUCAAAUUACCAAAAUGUUUGAUGGCAUAUCAUAUUUUAAAGGUUCCGCUGUUAUACGAAUGCUAGAAGGACUGUUGGGUGAAGAAGUAUUCAGAAUUGGCGUUAGCACAUAUUUAAAACGUUUCGCAUUUAAAAAUGCUGAAACUGAUGAUUUAUGGACAGAGUUACAAACGGCGACUCAAAAUACAGUCAAUGUUAAAAAGGUUAUGGACACGUGGACACGUCAAGCAGGAUUCCCAGUAGUAUCGGCAAUACGGAAUGGAACUAAACUAACUUUAAAGCAGCAACGAUUUUUGUCCAACCCAAAUACUGAUUCGUCAAAUGACUCAACUCCAUAUAAUUAUAAAUGGGAAAUACCAAUCACUUAUACCACUUCAACUAAUAAUACUGUACAUAAGGUUUGGUUAUCCAAAGACGAAGAUUCAAUUACUAUUGACAUACCUGAUUCUGAAUGGAUAAAACUAAAUCAUAGACAAGUUGGAUAUUACAUUAUAAACUAUUCUGAGAGUGAUUGGUGUUUACUUAACAAUUUAUUAGAAAAAAAUGUUGAUGCCUUAAGUGCGGCUGACCGUUCAAAUCUUAUUCACGAUGCCUUCAGUUUGGCAAAUGCUAAUUACUUACCUUAUGGAAUUGCGUUAAAUAUAACAAAAUAUUUAUCAUUGGAACAUCAUUACGUUCCUUGGAACGUAGCUGCUACUAACUUAAAAACAUUAAGUCAAAAUUUAUAUCAACGCCCGGCACAUAAACACCUUGAAAAAUAUAUACAACAUUUAUUGGGAAGUAUAAAAGAAGAUAUUUGGAAUGAGUCAAGUGAUAAAAACUUCAUACAACGUAAGCUUCGAGCAGUUAUUUUCAAAUUAGGAUGUGUACAUGGUUUACCAAGCUAUCAACAAAAAGUAAACGAAUUAUUUAGAAGAUUUUUGAUUGAUAAAAUCAAACCACAUCCAGAUAUUAGAUCCACUGUUUAUUACUAUGGAAUGUCUCAGGGAAAUGCUAGUGAAUGGAAUAAUUUGUGGAACUUAUUCUUAAAUGAAAAAGAACCUCUUGAAAAAGAAAACUUUUUGCAUGCAUUGACUGCCUCAAAAGAAACAUUAAUAUUAACUAGACUAUUGAAACAUGCAAAAAAUGAGAGUCAUGUUAGUUCUCGAGAUUAUUUAAGAAUCAUAUUACUUAUAAACCGUCAACCUUCUGGAACUCAAUUCGUGUGGGACUUUUUGAGAGAGAAUUGGCAGUACUUGGAUGAUCAUUUUUCUUUUUUUAAUAUGCAACUUAGAAAUAUCAUUCCUUCAGUUUGUUCUAAUUUCAAUACGCAAGAACAUAUUAGAGAAAUGAACAUAUUUUUUGAUAAACAUCCAUUAGCUGAACCUGCAUUAGGACGAACAUCUAUAAUAGAAGUUGUAUCUAAUAAUAUUAAAUGGUUAGAAAAACACGAAGCUGUUAUUAGUAAUUGGUUGAUCAAUUCCAUCUAAUUUAAAAAAUAAAAUGUGGUAACAUCGUCUAGCUUCUAAACAUUUUAAUAUGUAUCAUAUAAAAAUUAAAAAUAUGAUUUGCUUA